AUGGCUACCACCGCAGAGCCCGUGCUCUACCACAAGCUGCAGCUCUGGGAGCCUGGCAUGGAGUCAGAGGAUGAAGAAGAAGAGGAAGAGAUAGCAGAGCCACUGGUCCUCUCCCCCAGGAGACCCCAAGACACCCCCAGGAACAAGGUUGGCUGGCUGCCCGGAGCCUGGGCCCGCCUGUUGGGAGGCCUACUACUGCUGACUGUUAGUUGCUCCCUUGCUGUGAGGCAACUGUACAGUAGGGACAACCCAGAGGGAAGCUUAGGCUCUGUGAGCCCUCCUGUCAGCAGGCACUCCCAUCGCCCAGGUGUUUACCACCAUGGCGCCAUAAUCAGCCCUUCAGCCAUAUGUUCCCAGCUGGGUCAAGAGCUUCUUGUUGCUGGGGGCAAUGUCGUGGAUGCUGGAGUUGGAGCAGCUUUGUGUCUGGCGGUGGUACAUCCUCACUCAACAGGUCUAGGUGCCAUGUUCUGGGGCCUCUUCUACAAUAGCUCCUCAGGAACCUCAACUGCCCUGACAGCAGGUCCAGUCCAAACCCUGGCCCCUGGCCUGGGGCUGCCCUCAGCUCUGCCAGCCCUGCAUUUGCUUCAUGGACGUUUUGGCCACCUGCCCUGGCCACGCCUGCUAGUGGACCCCACCAUGGUGGCUCAAAAGGGUUUCGAGGUGGAUGCACCUCUGGCAAGUGCUCUAGCAGCCCAGGGCACAAAGGGCCUCUGUCCACUGCUCUGUCACGCAGAUGGGACCCCGCUGGGUCUUGGGGCUCAAGCCACUAACCCCAACCUGGCAGCUGUGCUGCACCAGGCAGCCCUAGCCUCCAGUCCAGAUCUUGCUGGGGAUGCCCUGCUGAGUCUGCUGGUCAGAGACCUGGGGCUAGAGAAGCCCUCUGCUUACCCCAUGCCCACCUUGGAACCUGCACUACAGCUUCUCAUACCCCAGGGUGUCCUGUUCACCACUCCUGGUCCCUCAGCUGGUCCAGAACUGUUGGCAGUGUUGGAAGAAGCCCUGACUUCCAAGAUACCCCACCCUGACCUGUGCCUACCACUCCUACAGACUGCUGUGACCCCCAUGAGCAGCGCUCUGGCCACCGUGGACAGCAGCGGCUCUAUGCUCCUUCUUACCUCCUCAAUCAACAGCUCCUUUGGCUCUGGACACCUGUCCCCAAGCACUGGGGUUCUGCUCAGCAACUUGGUAGUCAGGUCUGCACCUAGUGCCUGGGCCUGCCCACUCAUUCUCCAUGGCCUGGAUGACACAGAGGCUGAUACGUUGGGGCUGGUGACUUCAGGAACCCCCAAGGUGGCCAAAGCCAUGACUCGAACAUUACUCAGUCAUCUCGCAGGGCCCCAAGCCCAAAUCCAACAGCAGCCCCAGCAUCAAGCCCAACAAGGACCAACAGAGAGGCCUGGCAUUUGCGGCCAAGGGACCCUACUCCAGGUGGUAGCCCAUGCAGAACAUGCCUAUGUCUCCAGUGUCCCCAGUGGCUGCUGUCCCUUCCAGGGGUAUUAAAAGAGGGACAGGGUCUGGAGAGGACAGAAGCGUAUGGAACCUGAGGGCCAGAGCAGAGAAGGCCCAGCAGCAAUGAAUGUAUAUAGAAUGUGAUCGGUGAUGUAUUCUCUGCUCCAUCAGCCUGACCUCCACCCUGUUCAGUUACCUGGUUCUAGCUCUGGCAUCCAGGGCUAGCUCAACCAUGUUUCCUGGUACCUGCGUGGAAUUUCUGGCUCUUCUAUCAGCUAUGGAACUAGAAGGUAAUAAGAGCCCCAUUCAUCUAGAAGGAUGACUGGAGGAAUGCCAGCCCCUGCCUAGAUUCUGGUCCAUGGGGCAGGGGUGGACAUCUCAUCUCUAUCUUCCAUUGAUCAUUCUCCCCUGAUCUCUCUCAACUGGAAUGGAAAUGAAUAAAGUCCAAAUCUUCCAGGGGCCAAGUGCCAUUUCUGCUUUUUGGUUAAUUUCCCAUUAGCCUUUGAGGCCCCUGAUGUCACAGCUUCCCCCACAAUGAAUACCAGAGGCAAGCAGAGGUUGGGCUGCUGUCUUUCCGCUUCGCCCUGCUCUGCCCACCUUCUUCUUCCUG